UGUGUGUGCAGUCUCUUGACUGCCCUCGGUGGGAAACGCGUCGAACGAUGGCCGAGCAACAGAGRAUGAAAAAGGACGAUCAGCGGCCCCCGGAUCUCAACAACUGUAUCGAACAAUUUGUUGCGUUAUACAAUGAAAAGUCGAAGUCGAUCGAGAGCCUUGGAGCGCUCUAUCUUGCUGCUAUUGGGGUCCUCUACCACCUCCGGCUUGAUCAAAAAACCAUUUUUUCCCGUCGGUACGUGCGUGAUGCGCGUUCGAUCCCCAAAAUGUUGGAAUUUCACACAAAAUUUCUUUUGUUUUGCUCACAAUUUGAUCUGACUAUUUGUCGGUAACCGUGCUCGUUCGUCUCGAAUAACCGACCGAUAAUUGGCACAAUGUACGCAGGCAACAAAAAGAGAACAAUGACGAUGAAGUUCAGUUUCCAAAACCUUGGGAGAUCCCUGCAAUGACUGCARUUUUGCUGAAUCAACCAUUUCUGCGUUCCCUGAUAUCGUGUAUGAAAUCCAAUUCGACAGAUGGGUUUGAAGCAUCAUCCGUCGCGUCGUCUUCGGUAGGAACAGCGUCGCAAUUGAAUUUGAUGUACACUCCCGGGGCUCGCAAACGAGGACUUUCAUGGGAAAAAAAUACAAGCAUUAGUACAGAGGUGAUGAGCAAGAGCAUGAAAUUGGCACACGGGCAAUCUCCGAUGGUUGGAAAACGAACCGUAAUGGGAAACAUUACAAAGCCCCAAAUGGACAUUAAAAUGUUAGCAGGUACAAUACUGUAUGUUGCCAUGGAGUCUAUUGACCAUUGGCCAGCGCCUAUGAUUGAAGCGUAUGCUGAAGACUGCUUCGGGCCACGAUCUUGGGUAGACGAUCCAGCCUAUCGACUUUUGGUGGAUAAUUUGUCUUUGAUACACAGAGACGAUGACAAUGGGGAUCACGGCGGUGGCAAUUGUGGCGAUUUGGACGUGUUGCUGGCGGACGCAUCCAAAGUAGCAGAGUUCUUUCGCAAAAACCAUAGUCGUCGUUACCAGAAUACAACAAUCAUGUCCACGGAAGCAAACAUGAAACGUUCGUCAUCGAUGUCCGCAGUACACGAAAAACGGGCAUUCACAUUGAAGAGACAACGUUCUGAAUCUGUCGGAUCUCAGAAUUCUAAGAAGACUUCUUUCAGUCCCCAACAAAAAUUAAAGACCAAAGUCAAGAGUGACAUUUUGUAUGAAUCUGAUUCGGGGGAUGAAGAAGAAGUCGCGAUCACAACAUCAUAUAGCAAGUACCCGAAUGACGGCGGUGGUUCYUCGUCAUCUUCUGGAGAAGACGAAGACAAUCCAAUUGCAACCGUACUAGCCAAACCUACAUAUCCAGUUCAGCAAAAGAAUCUGAUUUAUUCUCAAGUGAGACGCCGAUAUUUCGGACAGAAUUUGGAGUCGGCAUUCGUCGCCGUGUCCGAUAAGCUCAGUCAGCGUUUAGAUAUGAAGUCCAAGCAAAACUCGGGUCUUUUGCAGUGCCUAACUUCUUUUACGUCGAUACCAUCGGUUCGGAUCAUAAUAACAGGAAAUCUCGAAAAAUGGCUGCAGUCGCCAGCUUUGUCGGGCCUUGCAAGGGCGCUGUUUUCGAAAACUGUGAACAGCAUGAAGAAUACCGAUCCCCCGUUGCGAGAAGAUCUCUCUGCAUUGGAUAACAUACUCCGUAUGAGACUCAAAGCGAACCAAUUGAAUGCUCACAUAGAAAACGUCACAGCCGUUGCAACUAGGAUUCCUACGGUGACUAUCACCAAGCAUAUUUAUCGGCAUAUUCUACGAGAAAUAUUAGUGAAUAUGGACUCUCAUGAUUCGACACUUUCAGACCAUCUGAGUAUGAUUCAUGCCGUCCAUGAUGUUCUUCCGCGGGAACUGUCUGCAAUUGGUAUCGCCUCUACCUUAUUUGAACUGCUUCUGAAUAGACCUGACCCAUUUAACGAUCUUGCUACACCAAAUUACAUUCGAAGAAUACAAGAAUUGAUUCGAGCUAUUGCAAGCAAAUUUGGAUCAUCCUUUGAUGGAUGUAUAGUCUUGAAUGCUAUGUUGUCAUUAAAAGCCGAUCCAAAAUAUGCCUGGAGCAUCAUAGAUGAAGAAAACAAAGCGCGUCUCAUGUUUCAAUGCGUCACUUUGCUUGUUGAUCCCGGAGCGAUGACUCAACGGAUUCAACCUACUGGGAAAUCUGUCAGAAUUGUGAAUCCGUCGGAAGAAAGCGUGGCGAAGGUCAAGGCUAAGUUAAUAGAAGCUCGAAAGCUCUUGAUUCGUUGGUGCUGUGUAGAUUACGCACCUUUCUACUCAUUAGAAUCGGAGCAAAAAAAUACCACCAAGGCAAGAACAGAAAAGAAAAAAGACGAGAUCACAGGUGCAGGGACGCCAAUUUAUAGCUCUAUUUUGGAUGGAGACGGGGAUAGAAGCUUCUCGCCGUGGGUGAAAGUUAUGCGUUCCGUGCUCUUCCUAGAGAAAUCAGACUCCCCAAUUCUUGGAAACUUUCUUUUCAUGGGCCAUGCCCCCUUUGAAGAUGUUCAGGGAUGGGAAGAUGAGGCAAAAAGGAUUAACUUCUGUUGUGACAAUGGCGCAGAUGUUGAUGAUGAAAUGCUUUGGACUGUUGUACAGGUUGCUUCAAACGAAAUUGAGGGGGUGUUAAGCAAAGAUAUUGCAUUAUUAUUGUUGGAACACAUGUUUGAACGUUGUAAAAAAGGUAUGAAAUCCUCUCUUCUGGUUCAUGAUCCAACUUUGAUAUUGAAACUUUACGAGCUAGCUGAAUACAUCCCUUCUGUAAAAAGCAAACAGGAUAUUUCACACCAAUUGAAUGGAGGUUGCAAAGAAAUGCCAGACGGAAAAGAGAAUAAUCAAGACGUAUUUGUUCCCCGCCUCGGUUAUCCCGGAAUGUGGUGGCGAGUUACUGGACUUGCUUUGAUUUUGUGUGGAGCGUCCCCCAGUGCUAUUGGAGACAAUGUACUGAAAAACUUUCCAACCCUAAAAGCUUUGAUAAAAAUGAUCACGUCUGAUCGGUACAGAUUUCCAACUGUUGAUAGUGAUGAUGCAGCACGAAAAGAGCAGAAAAGAAUCGAGCAGGCGAUGAGGGACGAAGAAGGCAAAUUGGCUGAAUAUCUGUUUGCCCCUCCUAACAAAGUAAAGAAGAAGGCGAAAUACAAUGUUCACAAAAUUGAUAGUGGGACCCAAAGUUCGGGGCAAAGAAGUUCCAAAAGGCAGCAGGCAAAACGUGAACAGGAGAUAAAUCGACAGCGUCAGAAAGAAGAAGCUGAAGCUCAGGCUGAAGCAAGUCGAAGGAAAAAACUGCUGAAGACUGCUCAAAAGUCAAUAACAAUCUGGGAUCCCUACAAAGGCCCAAGGAAGCCUCCAAAGGAGUCAAUUGAUUUGAUUUUUUCGAUAGGGGAGCUUUUCGAUCUGAAACGAGUAUUCCAAAGUAGUACUGAACCAGAUUUCUUACUCACUACCAUUGGGUCCACUACGAGAGGAGCAAUCGAACGUGCCCACGACUGGUUAAUACCAAUCAUUUCAUUUCUUCCAGAAACGGUGUCUCGACUCCCAGCUAGUGCAUCUUGCUUCCUUUUGAUCCGUGCUUAUGGUACGAAUGGAGACGAACGAACAGGUCUUCAUGAAUUAUCGGCACCUCUGUUACAACAUGUUCGAGACUCUCUGAUAGGGRAUUUUGGGGAAACUGAUGCCGUCCGAACUUUCGAUCUUCUUUUGACAGAUAUUGCUAAUCAUGAUCCAGAUCGCCGUCGAUGUGCUAGGCGUGUGCUAACGAAUGCUAUUGGCAAAGAAAAUCUUGGAGAAAUAGACACUACGUUCGAUGGGUCAAAUCAUGCUUGGGCGAUCAAUCUUAUGCACGUCAAGCAUUCAAAGUCGAUUGUAUCUGAUGCAAUUCAAAGAUUGGCGAUAGCAGCUUCGUUUGAACGCGGUGGUAAUUUGCGAUACUUGGUUCUUGCAUUGAACAAAUUGACAAGAUUUGCGAAAAAUUAUGGUGUUGAAGGGGAUUGGGAUUUUGCCUCACUUUUUAUUGAACUUGUUUCGAAGCGCCCAACAGUUUUUGCUAAUGCCUUAAGCUCAUAUACGGACCUUCGUUCACUCGCAAUUGAGGUUGUUGGCGAAGAGUUCAGAGCCUAUGUAGAUGGCAAGAUUUCGAACCUGUCAAAUAAAAAUAAUAUGGUUCAUAUCUCCCUUUGCCGAAGUGACAAAAAUGGAUCAUCAAUCAAAGUUGAGAUGCCACUUGCAUUGUUGCAGUCGUCUUGCGUUUUAUUGAGUAUCUGGUCAGAAGAUGAUGCCCGCGGUAGGGAUAGCACUGCCAUUGAGGGCCUUGUUAUAAUGCUCAUGAAUUCUCGAGAGUACCAUGGAGAAGCUGAUAUAACUGAAAAGCAAGGAACGGAAAAUGUCGACGGGCUUGCAAGUGCUAAGAUACUUGUGACGCAGAAGACUGCAAUAGCAGUUGAAUCAUGGGUGAUGCUUGCGAAGUCCCGAAGCGACUUUAUUGCGAAACGUGCGGCAUUAGCUGCACCAACUAAUGUUCUUCCAAGAUUACUUCUCUGCUCUGGACUACCUCGAGCAUCUCUGGUGACUAUGAUCAACCGACUCGGAAAACUCGGARAAAAGGCAGAUGAUAUUCACAAGACAUUCACCCAACUAUUGGUCCCGUCUGCUUCGAGUGAGUGGGAUCUCGGACGCCUAGGUCAUCGACGUGAGAUUUCAAGAAAACUCUUAGGGAGAGUUUGUGCAUAUUCGAGGUUGUAUAGGUUAUCAGAGCUAAAUGGCAAAGAAGAAGUAUCUUUUGUAUUUGUUGAAUGGCUAUCGAACUCGUGCAGAUCUUCGCGGAAACCGACGAAAUUGAAAGCUAAAAAACCAAAGAUACCACCACCUAAAAUAUAUGAAUGUAUCGAGAAUGCAAAAAUGCUAUUCGAUUCCAUGUCAAUGGAUAUGCUAGGUAAUACGGAUGUGUCAAGUGCGGAGGAAAUGCAUGCCGAUACGUCUGAUAUGWCCAAUUUUCUUUUGUUUCAGGAUGAAACGACUGUUUCCCUCCCAAUCACGCUUGAUGACGCUGUUGAAAAUUUUCUGGUCGAGACUUUUAAAGAAAACAAAUCAGAUUUACUCGAUAACUGGCUACUCAAAAACUUUUCCCACGAACCAUUUCCACUCAAGAAAAAACGGAGAAAUACAGAGGAAAAGAGACCAAGGCUUGGUAACGAGGAGCUUGCGUUUUUGCUUUUAAAAUGCUACACUCGGCUGGAGCGCAAGGUUGAAAGUAUUUCUUCCACACUCGUAAAGUGGAUUCCAAAGCUUUCAUCUUUACGGGGUUCACCUAAAUUUUGGAGAAUUCUGUUCGCUCGUGGUCAAAAGCCAGCGUUUUUAUGGGAUAAUUUAAUAUCAAGGUGCUUUCAAGUAUGGGAUCGUGAGCAUAUGACUCGGUGUCGGCAGUGGAUCCUGUCGAAUGGYAGAAAGGAGGAGCUUGAUCUUGUCAAGACGGUAAGAUUUUUGAUCUUAGCUUCAAGGUUCCCCACAAUAAAUGUUGACAGUUUUGUGGAUUUGACUUUGACAGCCGAAUACGAAACGUGGGGAAGAACAGAAGAAGCUGUUCGAAGUGCUACUGGACUUGCACUCGAUUGUUUACUCUCUUUUGAUUACGAAACAAGAUUGCGCUCCCGCAGUGACGCCCCGGAAUGCUUGGUUUUGCUCCUUUUGAUUGCAAAGUUGGGUCGAAACCAGGUUCAAUUUGUUACUGGAGCAAUAAUGGAAAGACUACAGAACGACGACGAGCAAAAUGAACGCCUCCUACUUCUUUCUCUUCUCAGGAUCUACGCAUACCUUCCUUUUUCAAUGAAUCUUAGUACAGCAGCAUUACGAUCGAACCUAAUGAAAGCGGUAGAAUUGAGUGCAGAAGACUGGCUAUYAUGGAGAUCMCCUCUAGAUGAUUCCGUCCGGGAAAUGAUUGGUACCGCAUUCUCAAAUACUUCUUCGCUGCGUUCGGUACAGUCUUUGUUUGAUGUUGCGAAAAAACAUCCUCUGUUAUUACUGCGCAAACUGGAGAUGAUGGAAAAUAUUCUCGAAAAAGAUGCGUCUGAUAUGGGUACCGCGGGCGCCGAUGAUAAAGCAGGUUUAGUUAGAGGUCAAGGUUUGAACGAGCCGCUAAUUGGCGCCUUCAAUGGUAAAGAGCUGAAACUUUUUGUUAAGCAUUGGGGGUACAAUUAUACGGAGCAUAUUUGGUCAUCUAUUCUGGAUGUAAUUUCGGCGGUUCCUAACGAAGUUCUUUUUCAAUGCGGUCUAAAGAUGGGACUAUUGGAGUUGUUAGGUGCGUAUCUACGCCUCGUGUUGGUCCAGUCCCAGCUUCGCACCAACAACGAUCGUCUAGUGAAUUUGAAGGAACGAAUUUCCGAGGUUUUGGGAAGGUUCCAAACUGCAAACCUAAAAUCUUUUGAUUCUUGGAUGGCUAGUAGGAACUGUGGACUACCCUCCCUUGGCGCAACAAGAAAUGUGAUGGUAGGGUGUGGCUUCUUAUCCCCACAACAAGCAAUGGACAGCGUAAAAAGGACAUAUGCCUCAGCUCCAAAGAAUGUGCAGUCCUAAUSAUCUCGUUUACGAUAUCUAUUGAGUAUAAAUUGUUUUGUAAAUGACAUCCAAGCAGUAGCAUCGAAAAUCUGUGAUAUUCCAGUUAUAUUAUCUUUAUUUUGUCACAUGGCCUUAUUUUGCAUCAUAAACUGCAUCCCAGAACAUCAGCUCAUAACCUUGCAGCAAUCGUACUUCGUUGACGAUAUCUUCGUACGAAACGUUCUCCUUCAUCAUUACCGUGGCUGCCAUGUCGUCUAGUUUCUCGAUGGGGGUACCAAAAAAAUUAAUGAAUGCAAGGGCCGAAGACGCCUCCUCAUCGCUCAUUUUUCCAUAGCCGUACUCGGGUCGGCAUCGCAAUGACUCGUGCAACUCGGCGCACAUUGCCCCCCAGGCAGGAAAGUUGACGGCACAGGCAGCAGCCCCCGCUCCCCGAUUGCCGGCAAGUGCGAUGCGGGCCCAGUACGAAGGAUAUGCCUGUCCUCCGGCCGUCACCGUAUAUUCUUUCAAGCUCUCUUCCGCAUUCUCAAAUCCCAGCGACUUGGAGUGAUCAAGGAGGAGCCGAGAUGCGUACACUUCUCCUCCCAGCAAAAACUGAAAAAUAUCCGGAAGGGAAUCUGUGUCGCUGCCGGUUUCGUCGUCCUUUGCCGGCGGGACACUCGCCACAGAAAGGGACUUCGGUCGGAAGUUUUCGUGACCGGCCAACAGUGCAAAGCUACAAGCAUCGGAAUACUGAAUAGAAUAUUGCUCUCCAGCAAACGCCCGGCGUUGAGCCAGUGUCAGCUUUCCUUCCUUGGCUGCGAUUAGGUAGGGAUGGGAGGCGAGGGCUUUGUUGGUAUCCAGGUUGAAUUGCUCCGUUCUCAACCGUUCGAGCAUCUCCGAGUAGAAAGCAAUAUUUCUGCUACUAUCGUCGCAAUCGGUGGGGUUUGACAUGGUCAUAUCGUUCGCA